CGUCAGCCGAAACGAAGCUUGUCGGGAGUACUUUGGACAAGAUGGCGGACGAGGAUAUUACGCUUGAUGGACAGCCUUUACAAUCCCUCCGAGUCGCGGAUUUGAAAGCCGCGCUGGAGAAGAGAAACCUGUCUAAGAGCGGGGCGAAGAACAAACUCAUCCAGCGACUGAAGGGGGCACUGAUGCUGGAGAACUUGCAAAAGUCAUCCACCUCUCACAGUGGACUGCAGCCAAACUCUCAGAUCGGUGAGGAGAUGAGCCAGAAUAGCUUCAUCCAACAGUAUCUGGCUAAGCAGCAGGAACUCCUCCGUCAUAGACUGGAGAGAGAAGCCCAGCUUCAGGAGGAGGCUGACGAAAGCCCAGCUAUGCCAGAAGAGGAUGAAGACCAGUCGGACAAUGACACCUCAUCCUGUGUCUCUGACAAGCCGAAUCCCGCUUUGGCAGAGAGGGCGGGAUGUCUGAGGGGCGAAGGGGUGUCACAUAGGCCAGAUGGCACCACUGGUCACCAGGCGGCUCCGGAAGCUCCCGGAGCCAGGAUGCAGAGGGCCACGUUUCCUCAAGGACACAAGGAGCCACCGGCCCCCUCUCCCCCCCGCGCCGUGGCCUCCCUGUCCGUGCGCGUUCUGGGUCAGCCGGACCGCCAGGGACUGCCCCCGGCCUUGUCCAGAGCCCAAGAGAAAGAGGGCGUCGCACCGAGCGAAACCGGAUCGGCCCACUCGGUCCUCCACCUCAGCCGAUCGGCCGGCGUAUCUGCCACGGUCCAGCAGGACAGUGACGAGGACGAUGACGACGAUGACAAUAGCGGGGAUGACGAGGAUUGGGGGCCGGGGCCAGUCGGAGCGCGAAAAGGCAACCAGGCCCCCCCGCGGCCUCCGCAGAUGCCCGCCAGUUCUGUGAGGUCCAAACGUAAGCUUCAGCCUCCACAGCACAUCCCACCACCGCAGCCGCACCAGAAUCUGAUGCAACUGCGCCACCCGACGCCACCUCCCUCACCGCCGCCUGACCUGUUUCCCCUACCGGACACUCCCAAGCAGAGUCCACCGGACACUGACGAUAAGGAGGGCGAAUGCUCCGGAGCACCACCCAGCAUCCCGCCUCACACCUCGCAGGGGCGAGACUCAGACUCGAGAUCCCGCUCCAGCAGUCCCGAGCCCCCUGUGAAGCGCAGACCUGGCCCGCUCUCUCUGCUGGUGCACAAGAUGGAGUCGGAGGAGGCCCAGACCAGCGCGGGCACCAGUGAGUCUCCAGAGGGGAGCGAGAAGAAAGAAAAUGAGAUGAGCGACCGAAAAGCGGAAGACGCAAAAGCGCGAGAUGAAGAAGAGCUCGGGGAGAAAAAACAGGCAGCUGGUAAGAAGAGCACGGCCGGGGAUCGGGACUUGGGCUCCUCGUCAGAUCCGGACUCGCAGUCCGACUCCUCGUCAAAAUCGUCAUCCUCAUCGCCUGUCAGGGUUCAGUCACGCCAUGUGAGGCAGCCGAAGGGAGCCGAGCUAGGCCAAGAUGCAGAUAAUGAGACAAAGGGGACGGGGACAGAGAAAGGACACCUCCUGAAAAGAGAGAUGUCAGAGACCAGUGAGGCAGCUGUGUCGGAGGGGGAGCCCCGCUCAGAGAGCAGCGAGGCCCGGCAGCCAGCGCCGAACGGGGAGCCAAUCGAUGGCGAGGGUCGCCUGGAGGAGAGCACCACUCCAAAGGCUUUUGCCGCUCGCAAGAUCUCACUGACCAGUAGCAAGACGCCGCCUGUCGAUGCCGACGGAGGGGCGGGAGACGCCGACACGGGAGCCGCGGCGGGGAGGAAGAGGCGUUGGGGCUCCAGCACGGCGGUCACUGCCAAGAAGCCGUCCAUCAGCAUCACUACUGACUCUCUCAAGUCUUUAAUUCCAGAUAUCAAAAUAGCCCAGGAGGCCGUGGUGGACCUGCACCCAGAGGAGCUGCAGCUGUCCGGGGAUGAGGACAACAAGGACAACGGCCAGGGAGACGAGGACGACGGUCUCAAGAUUCGACGCACGGUGACGCAGGUGGUCCCCGGGGACAGCCAGGAGAACGGGCGAGGUGACGAAGAGGAAGACGCAGAGACGGCGGAGAGCGAAAUCCCGCGACCGCCCCCCGUAGAGCAAUCCAAGCCAAUUCCUCCCGAGAAGACUGCAGAGAAGCCCGACGGAGACCCGAAGAAAGCUUCCACCGACGACGGUUUGGUGCGUCGCUCCAUCAGUCAGCAGCGGUCCGGCGUGUCCAUCACAAUCGACGACCCCAUCCGAUCCACGCGGAAGCCCUCGCCGCCCCGCGGCAAACUUUCCAAUAUCGUCCACGUGACCAACCUGGUGCGACCGUUCACCGUGGGCCAGCUCAAAGAGCUCCUGAAGCAGACCGGUAGCAUGGUGGAAGACGGCUUCUGGAUUGACAAGAUCAAGUCACACUGCUACGUCACGUACACGACGACAGAGGAGGCGGCAGCCACCAGGGAAAGUCUUCACGGAGUCAAAUGGCCCCAGAGCAAUCCCAAAGUGCUCAGUGUGGACUUCUGUGAGCAGGAUGAGCUUGACUUUCACAAAGGUUUGUUGAAGCCAAACCACGCGGAGCCGCAAGUCCCGCAGCCGGCCCCGCCGCCCAGCCGACCACCCCCGCUCAUGCCCGAGCGAGACCGGGAGCGGGACCGAGAGCGGGAACGCGACAGGGAGCAUGAGCGUGGCGCGCCCGCCGUGCGGGACCUGUGGGCUGAGCGGCAGCGGCAAAUGGAGCGCCGCGAGCGGGCCCGCGGCGAGCGCGAGUGGGAUCGCGACAAGAUCCGGGAAUUCGCCAGGCCAGGCGCCGACAAGGGCGAGCGGCGCUCCAGGUCCCGUGACCGAGACAGAGAACGGGAAAAGGAGCGGCGGCGGCGGGAACGGCCAAAGAGCAAGGAGAGGAAGACCGACAAGAAGGAGAAGGCAGACGAGCCUCCCGCAAAGCUUCUCGAUGACUUGUUCCUCAAGACCAAAGCAGCUCCUUGUAUAUACUGGCUCCCCCUCACCGAAGAACAGGUGGUGCAGAAGGUGCUGGAACGCAGCGAGCGGCAAAAGGAGCGAGAGCGGCGGCUCAAGGAGCUGCAAGACGAGCAGGAAAAAGUUCGCGAGGAGCGGAAGAAGGAGCGGCUGAAGGCCCGGGAAAAAGAAGAUCGAGGCGGCGCCACGGCGUCCAGCCGGGCAGCCGACGCCGACCGGGAAAAGGAGCGAAGCCGGAACAAAGAUGGCGAGCGGAGGCGGGAAGGCGAGCGCCGGCCCGGGCGACCGCCACUUGGGCGCCGCUCUCGUAGUUGUAGCGACACCCGAGACAGGCGCCACUGAAGCACGCGGAAGAGGGCUCCCGUCGUGAUGUGGCGUCCAUUCGGAGGGGGCGGUCCGGUCCUCCUGAGGUUUGGGAGGCCUUUUUUUUUCUCCUUCAACUUCUGUGGUUCCACAGUUUAUUCCUCCCCAAGCCCUAUAAUAAAGUCCAAAAUAGAUCCCCUAUCCAUCCACACUCGUCUCUGAGCAGUUUUAGUGUUUCGACUUGCUUCAGCACUGAACUUUACAGACCUGUGAUCAUUCUUUCUUUUUUGCUUUUCUUUUUACAUUUGUCGGUAACAUUGAAACAGGGAUAGAAGAUGCUAUCGUCAUGCUUGUUUUAUUUUAAGACAUCAGAGGAAUCUUGCCCCCUCGAAAACCCUUCUACACUAAUUACAAAAAAAAUUUGGUGUAUCGGGCCUUGUGGCGAAAUUUCUGGGUAGCGCGAAAAUGCGCUAGAGUAGCUCUUUUAUAAGUGAAGUUCCUUUGACUUCCCGAUUGGAAAACAUCCAACUCUGUGUUUCAGUCGUUUAUGUACAACUUCCUCUUUAACAAGGAGCUGAACGGCAACAUUCACAACAUGGUUUUGAUCCGUGGAAAAAAAAAAAAAAAGACCACACCAAAUAAAUCAGAGAGAGACUGGAAGAGUCACAGAAAGGCAUAGAAGUGGACGUCCUUUCAAUUUUAAAUGCAUCAAGCGUCUGUUGUGAAUUUUAUCCUUCAGCUCCUUGUUGUAGAACAGCCAAGUUGCGCGUACUCAGUGCUGAACCUCGGGACAUAAAAAGUGAACUUGUUCAAGACCUCGUGCAGUUUGGGUUCAUCCUGAAAUGUCAACUGAAAGUCACAUAUCCCGAUGUCUUGGUGAGUAGUGCAGAGGAGAUCCAAAUUUUUUACCAUUUUAUCUUGUUUUAGUUGAAAAGUUGAUUUUUGUUGCUGUUGAAUGUAUUGCAAGUCAUGACGUAUAAGUUAAUAAAUUGAAGUGCUGACCGACUUCAGUUGG